AUGAGGAAUAGACUGACUACUUGGACAGGGAGAGGAAAACAUCGCAGCUUACUUCUCAGGGCUUUAUACAACAGACAGAAAUCGCCAGAACACCACAUCAGCAUGACCACACCUACAGAUGUCCAAAGAUCAUCUACAGGAGAUGUUGUCAUGGUUACUGGAGGAGCAGGGUUCCUGGGACAACAUAUAAUAGGCCAUUUACAGGAGAAGGCAGACCACGUCUCAGAAAUCCGAGUAUUGGACAUACGUCCAUACUCCAACAAGCUAGGUCAUAAGGAGCUAAAACCUCUGACCAGUAUACUAGGAAAUAUCUGUGACUUGCAGACCGUCCAGCAGGCUUGUCGUGGAGUGAACACUGUCCUUCAUGUGGCUGGAAUGGUCAGUUACGGAACAUUUCCAGACAUUGAUGGUAUGCAGAAGAUUAAUGUUCAAGGUACCCAAAACAUAGUGGAGAGUUGUCUAAUCAAUGGAGUAGAGAGGUUGAUCUUCUGUAGCACAGUUGAUGUGGUAGUGGGUUUUGAUGACAUUCGGGACGGAAGGGAGACAACCACGCAUGUGCCAAAACAGUUUCUAUUCCCAGGUUACCCCGCCACAAAGUAUGAGGCAGAAUGUCUGGUUCUCAAAGCCAAUGCCAAGAAAUGUGAAAAUGGUAAGAUCCUGUGGACAAUGUCACUCCGAGCUAAUGUUAUGUAUGGGGAGGAAGACCCUUUCUAUGUUACUAGUGGCUUACGGUCAGCUGCUUCAAACAGAGGCCGGCUUGUCCAGGUUGGGAACGGUCAGUCCAAGUUCCAGCAGGUCUAUGUAGGAAACACUGCCUGGGCAUUUAUAUGUGGUGACCGGGCCUUGAGAUUAAACCACAACUUGGGCGGGGAGAUUUUCUACAUACCGGAUGACACUCCAGUACAAAACUCUUUCCUGUUUAUGCAGCCAUAUUUGAAAAGUCGUAACUACAGUCUGACAUCGUAUCGCUUGCCAUGUGGCCCCGUGUACUAUAGUUUGUACCUAAUGGAGUUGGUGCUACAUUUACUGUCCCCUCUUAUCAAGAUCAAUCUCCCGACGCCCUCCUGUAGCGUACGCUACAUAAACAUGGACCUGUACUUUAACGGUAGCAAGGGGAGACGACUCCUUGGCUACGAACCUUUGUACAGCCCACAGGAGGCAACAACCAGAUCACUAAAGUACUAUAAGCACGUCACACUACUGUCUUGA